GUCAGUCGUUCGUCGACCGUCUCGAAGCGCGCCGCCGUUUGCCUCUGCCUCUCCUCUCUUUUAUGCAACACGCACACCCUCGUCGUGUCCCUUAUACCACCUCGGUGCCACGUACACACCACACCCGCGAGUGGAAACGUGGCGCGGAGGCGCGCGGCGCAGAGAACAGUAGGCGAAUACGCGCGGCGGACCGUACGGGCGCACACACGCUACACGCACACGCGCGCACACGUGACACCCACACCGUUCUUAUAAACCAACACCCUCUUGCGCGCAGUGAUAAUUUCCUUUCCCGCGAUCGCGCGCGGUGGGAAAAGCAAACGGCGGCGACGACCGGCUGGAAGCGAUCUCGGUUGAGGCAGGAAGGCCCGAGGAGGAAGAACCGACCGUUGUCGCGAACUCGUGAGGGAAAUGGAAGGUUUCUGGAUCUACGGCGCGAUCCACGCGAUCAAGGCUCUGUCGUACGUGUACGACUUGCUGACCUUCCCCGUGUAUCUCAUACUUCAGCGACCAUGGGAGAAGCGUAAGGCCUCCAGGAGGAUCAAGGCCCGUCCUAUCUCCAAAGAUGAUAACCAGAUCACUUACAGAAGCGUCGAUUCCCCGAAAUCGAUGCACAUCAUGCUCGAGCGCGAAAAGGUCGAUACUCUGGAAAAGGUGCUUCUUUGGGUCGUCAAGAUGCACGGCGAUAAGAGGUGUCUCGGUACCAGGCAAAUCUUAGCAGAGGAGGAUGAGCCCCAAUCCAACGGCAGAAUCUUUAAAAAGUAUAAAAUGGGAGAGUAUAAAUGGAAGUCGUCUAGCGAGGUUAACAAGUUGGCCUCUUCCUUCGGCCGAGGUUUGGUAGAGCUUGGUAUGAAGCCACGUAAGAACAUCGUCAUCUUCGCCGAGACGAGAGCGGAAUGGAUGAUAGCGGCACACGCGUGCUUCAAACAGAAUUUCACGGUGGUGACGAUCUACGCGACUUUAGGUGACGAUGCUAUCGCUCAUGGUAUUCACGAAACCGAAGUGGACACUGUCAUUACCAGCCACGAACUUCUGCCGAAAUUCAAGCGCCUACUGGACAUGAUGCCGAAGGUCAAGAAAAUUAUCUACAUGGAAGAUCAGCUCAAACCGACUAGCACCAAAGGUUACAAGGACGGAGUGCAACUGCUACCCUUCGCUGAUGUCAUCAAAAUGGGCAACAAGUCAAAUGCGAGCGCUAACUCGCCGAAGGGCGAUGACAUCGCUAUAAUUAUGUACACGUCUGGUUCGACCGGGGUGCCGAAGGGCGUCCUUCUUUCUCACAAAAAUAUCAUCAGCACCAUAAAAGCGUUCAGCGAUGCCGUAGAGAUCGAGUCGGACGACGUUUUUCUCGGCUUCCUGCCGUUGGCUCACGUAUUCGAGUUGCUGGCCGAGAGCGUGUGUCUUCUAUGGGGAGUGCCCAUCGGUUACAGCUCACCGCUUACGUUGAUCGACUCGAGUAGCAAGAUUAUGAGGGGAUCAAAGGGUGAUGCUUCCGUCCUACAUCCAACUUGCUUAACCGCAGUACCGCUCAUUCUCGAUCGAAUCUCCAAAGGAAUAAACGAGAAAGUGAAGAAAUCUGGUCCGUUCAGGCAGGCUAUCUUUAAUUUCGCGUAUGAAUACAAACUGAAAUGGACGAAGCGAGGCUACGAAACUCCUCUCUUUGACAAGUACAUCUUUGGAGCCGCGAAACAAGUGCUCGGUGGCCGCGUUAGGCUCGUGCUCUCCGGAGGCGCUCCGCUCAGUCCAGAUACUCACAAUCAAGUGAAACUCUGCCUAUGCGUCACCGUGACUCAAGGAUAUGGUCUCACAGAAACGACUUCUUGCGCAACCGUUAUGGACACGUACGAUAGAACCACCGGAAGAGUCGGAGCACCCACUACGGUUUGCGAUAUCCGAUUGGAGAACUGGGAAGAGGCCGGUUAUCGUGUCAAAGAUCAUCCACAUCCCAGAGGGGAGAUCGUGAUCGGUGGCGAAAUUGUUUCCGCAGGUUACUAUAAACUACCGGAUAAAACGAAGGAGGACUUCUUCCGAGAGGACGGUAGGCAAUGGUUCCGAACAGGCGACAUUGGCGAAAUUCAUCCAGACGGUUCCAUUAAGAUUAUUGACCGAAAGAAGGACUUGGUUAAACUGCAACUCGGCGAGUACGUUUCUUUGGGUAAAGUCGAGUCCGAGUUGAAGACUUGUCCUGUCGUGGAAAACAUUUGCGUCUACGGCGAUGGGAAUAAAGCGUACACGGUGGCAUUGGUCGUACCUAAUCAGCAUUAUUUGGAGGAAAUCGCCAGCAAUCUAGGCAUAACCGGAAGGAGUCUCGAGGAACUCUGUAGCAAUCCACAGAUCGAGAAGGCGGUACUUCAAGAACUAGUUGAGCAAGCGAAGAAAUGUAAGCUCCAAAGUUUCGAAAUACCCGGUGCAGUGAAAUUGUGCGCGGAGCAGUGGUCACCCGACAUGGGUCUGGUUACCGCGGCGUUCAAGCUCAAGAGGAAAGCGGUUCAGGAACGUUAUCAACAUGAAAUUAAUAGGAUGUACGCCUCGUGAUGUUCCGCCAUUGGUUGCACCAAGUGUUGCAUAUAAUGUGGAUCUAAACCUAAGAAAUCACCUUGUCCAACAGACGGUACCUCGAUAAUUCAUAGAUACAUAUUGAACUUUGUCAUCAAGCUCACAUUUUACGCUGGUCACGGGACACGUGCCAAGCUCGUGGCAAUCGCGCGUGCAAUCGUAACGAUAAUCAAAAGAUCUCCGCAUUCUUCGAGUGAUUUUCUCGGUUCCGUCAUCUGAAUUAAUAGCAGCAAUUCGAUCCGCUGACGUUUGAUCAGGUCAAGAUAGUUAAUUCACUUGAUUCCAGCCGGCAAGAGAUCUCAUUCGGAGAAUCCCGAGUUCUUUUGAGUUAAAAAAUGAAAGUAUCGCUUUUUGAAGGCAUUUUUUCAUUAGGUCUUCCGAGCGCGACAAAUUUUUUGCAAUUUUACAUCGAUAUCGAUUGUCCGUUAUACACAAAUAUAAAUAUUUGGUAACAUUCGGUUUUUGAGAAACGGAUGCCGAUGGAAUUUUCUGUAUAUCACUUUACGUAUCAACUCUACGUCUUUUCGAAGAGAAAUCGUUAAGUUAUACCAUGAGCGUGAUAUUAGAAAAAUAUAAAUGGUACAAGACGAUUUUUCGUUUGGGAAAAUUGUUGUCGUCCUGCUCCCUCUAUUUUUUAAAUCAGCUUUGAUUAUGUCAAUCGAUUCGUCGCGCCUGUGUUUCAGUAGUGCACCUAAUUGUUUAUGUUAAUGGGCCAAUAUCCACGAUAUCUUUGCGAACGAAGCUAGUUUCGGUAAAAUUCACAACUCCUACGGUGUACUUAUUUUUUUGAGCGUUACUCAAAAUUAUCGAGCUCGGUCUUCAGAGGGACGAUGUUUGAAAGGGAUCUUGGGACAGAGAGUUUUUCGUUUUCUUAACGAAUAAUAUAUCGUAUGUAUAUAUAUAUAGGGAAGAAACGAAGAAACGACGCUGUUUGUGUUCGGCACGUAUAGAUCAAUUUCAAGGCAAUUUUAAUGAUAAUAUAUUGUGUAAAUUAUAUAAAAUUUCUCUCUCAUCGAUACUACCACUUAACAUUAUACUCUUAUACCGUCUGUCUAGCAAUUCGAAUACACAUACAUUGCCUACUUUUCGAAAUGUUAAUUCAAAACAUCACAAUAUUUCUCCCAGCAACAGAGAGAGUAUUUUUGUGUAUAUGCGUAUGUGCGAGUGUAUGCGCGCGAGGGUGUUUGAUUUCUAUUGUUGUAUGCUUGUAUGCACAUAAUACGUCUAUAAGGAAAUGAUUAGGAAGUAAAACCGUAUGUGAGCUUAUCAAAAAAAGAAUCAUGUUUUACAAAUAUAUAAUUGUUCUUUACUGUUAAUUUUCCACGCGCGUAUCUCUGGCGGUUCGAAUUGUACGAUCGAAAUGUAUUUAUAUUAAAGUAUCUUAAGAUAUAAAUAUAUCUUUGUUGCCUCAAUUUGUUUUGCCGAAUAAGCGGGAUUUUGCUACAGACGUCGGGAGGACAAUUUUUUUAAAUUCAUCAAAUUUAUAUAUUUUCUAAAUAUAUAAAAUAUUUGUAUUAUAUUUCUUAGAUAGGAGACGAAAUAUUGCACCGAUUGUAUUGUAUCUUUUUCUAUUCACAUGUUCGCGCGUAUUCCGGCAUAUAAAUAUACGAACCGACAGGGAAAACUGCGAUGUCAAAACUUGUAUCAUACAUUUUGCCGGCAUUAAAAAUGCGCGGCAUAAAUAGCAAUUAUGUUUAACUACGUGCGUUUACACAUGCAGACACAAAAAAAAGCUUAAUAUUUUUCUUCUGUUUCGUUUCACGUGAAUGAAAAUAGUAGCGGGAGCUAAAUAUCGGUAGUAGAUCAAGUGAGGAAACGCUAUGAGCGCUCGUGAGAGCUAACGGUCGGAGGCAGCUCACCUUUCUUUUUCAUUCGCCACGAGAGUUCCUGCGAUAGCUAAGUGUAUGAGAGUUGGUACUAAUCUCUAUAAUUAAUUAUUAAGCGCUGUACAUUACUUAAGUAGGCAUGGUCAAUUGUUUGGUGUUAUGGCAUCGAAGAUACGUUUAUUAAUAUGUGAAUUAUUAGCAUUAUUAUUAUUUGAAAAUACUUUACAAAAUAAAUGUACAAAGGUGUAUAUCAUGACUCAAA